AUGUGCAAAUUGUGGAAUUCUUCAGAGGAUCGACAGCCAAUUUUGGCUCUUCACGGUUGGCAGGAUAAUGCCGGAUCGUUUGAUUUAGUAGCACCUUUAUUAAAAAAUCAUUCAAUAUUAGCGAUAGACAAUCCUGGUCAUGGAUUAUCGAGUUGGUUACCACAGGGCAUUGCCUACGACGAUACGACAACAAUUCUUCUCAUUCGAAAAUUAAAACGACACUUUAAUUGGGGAAAAAUAAAAUUUCUCGGACAUUCAGCGGGAGCGCUUGUGAGUUUUAUUUACGCUUCACUCUAUCCAAAUGAUACGGAAUUUGUCAUUGCUUUAGACAGUUUACAAUAUAGGCCAAUAAUUAAUGUCGACGAAUAUUGUCGCGAGUAUGCGAAAAAUAUUGAUAAAUUUCUCGAUUUAGAGGAGAAAUACUCAGUGACAAAUCGUGUGAGUUACGAGGAAGAUGAAUUUGUCAAAAAAUGGAUAACGGGUAGUAAUUGUUCAUUGAAUGAAAUUGCCGUGAAGAUAAUGAUGAGACGUGGAGCAAAAAGAACGGAGGAUGGUAAAUUUUUUUUCAGUCGCGAUCCAAGGGUGAAAUUAAAUUUACCAUUGCGUGCGAUUUAUACGGAGGAGCAUUUAGAAAAUAUUGCGAGACUAAUUAAAUGUCCUUAUUUAGUUUUAAGAAGUUCUUCAUCAUUUGACGAUGGUGAAUUUUCACCGAAUAUUGUAGAAAUAAUGAAAACGAAUUGCAGAGAAUUUUCUCUUAUUUCCAUGCCGGGAUCUCAUCAUUUGCAUUUAACGAAUGUAAAAAGUGUAGCUGAAAUUGUGAAAUCAUUUUUAGUAUCUCACGAAAUUUAAAGAAUAAAGUAAAAAAAUACUGCAAAAAUUUAAUAAUUAAGACUAUGAAGAAUUAGGAAAGGAAUUUUUAGAAAAUUCAUAUCAUAUGUAUAUAUAUUAAAAUUUUGAAAAUAAUUAAACUAAA